AUUCUCAGGUUCCAUCAGAUUACUAACUUUUUGUGAAAAUGGCUCUUGCAGAUGUUUGUGGUUUAUCAGCAGCGAAUUUGUUCAAUGGAGCAACCAUGGGACGCCAGCUGUACCAGCGUGAUUGUGAAAAUCUUCAGAAUAGUUUCUCAUUGGCGGUGCCACCGUUUCAAGAUCCGGCUGUAAAUCUGGCCAAGCUGGCGGCUCAUGGCGAAUCGAGUGGCAUCAAAAUGGAGUUCGAUCAUGGAACCACAACUCUCGGGUUCCGAUUCCAAGGUGGCGUCGUCCUAGCGGUUGAUUCUCGUGCAACUGGCGGCCAAUACAUUGGUUCACAGACAAUGAAAAAAAUUGUGGAGAUAAACGACUACCUAUUGGGAACCUUGGCCGGCGGUGCAGCAGACUGCGUCUAUUGGGACCGUGUACUAACAAAGGAGUGUCGAAUUUACGAACUACGCAACAAAGAGCGAAUAUCGGUAGCGGCUGCUAGUAAGAUUAUGUCCAACAUCGUGUACUAUUAUAAAGGAAUGGGACUGAGUAUGGGUAUGAUGUUGGCUGGAUACGACAAACGGGGUCCUCAGUUGUAUUACAUUGAUUCGGAAGGCACACGCACCCCGGGAAAGGUGUUUUCAGUUGGCAGUGGUUCCGUCUAUGCCUACGGUGUUUUGGACUCUGGCUAUCGGUGGGAUUUAACUGAUGAGGAGGCACAAGAUCUUGGACGCCGUGCUAUUUACCAUGCAACACACCGUGACGCCUUUUCUGGUGGAAUUGUACGGGUGUACCACAUUAAACCAACCGGUUGGGUUAACAUUUCAAACCAGGAUUGUAUGGAUUUACACUUCAAGUACGAGGAGGAAAAACAGCAGAAGUUUGGAGCAUAAAAAAGAGUUUCCAUUAACAUUUAUUUAAUUUUUUGAAUGUCAGCAGUUGCAUCCUAAAUAUAUGCGAUCAACA